UCCGAUUUCCGGCACGUGCCCAUUCCCACUGAUGCUGGAUUCUUUUUUUUUCUUUUUCUCGUUGAUUGCAGCGCUUAAAAUGUCUGGAACGGAGGCACAUGGCGGCGAUACGAGUCCUACGCGUCAGCCAAGGCAGAGUAGAAUUCACAGCGUCGGGUUGCCGACUCGAACGUCCCUGCUUCCGGAACCCCCGCCCGCCGGAAGUAGCACUCCGCCGCCGAUACCGCGCCGCCAUUCAGCCACACCUGCGGUCGCUCCACCACCGAUACCGUUGCGGCCGCCGGCGAUCCCGAAACGGAGCAAAAACGAGAAACCGAUCCCGAUACAGACGAGUCGAGCCCGAAAAGCGAGCGACCCGACGUCCAUCGUGUCCGCGCCCCUCGACUCCUGGCCGAACAACGAGAAGUUGAUCGAUCUAGGCCCGUCGCGGGCCCACGACCGACAAACCGAUUACGCCUCGUUGAACUUCGCCGCGGGCAAAGAGGCGAACGAAGGUGACGAGUUCGUGGCGGACUUCGACAAGGCGAAUUUCCUCUCCGAGGAGGAUUGCGGGAAACGGGGCGAGAAGUCGAGUUUCGAGGAGCUGGAGAAGGCGUCGCGGGAUCUCGAGAAGCGGUUGCACGAGAGGAUCGUAGCGAGCGGCGAGCCGAAGUUCAAAGAUCAGACGACGAGCAGGGAGGAAAGGCAGAGACAAGCGAAUGCGCAGAAUAACAGGAUGCAGUCGUCGAAGUCGGGGAAGGAGAGUUUCAAGGAGGUUGGAGACAGAAAGCCUCGAGAAAAAAUCACACCGUCAUCCCGAAGGGAGGUCCCGCAGGACGAGGAGACGAAGUUUGCAGCCUUGGUCAGGUCGCAUCGCGAGGCGGAGAAGAGGUGCAAGUUCGAAGAGCUUCAGGCCGCCUCGAGGAAGCUCGAGAGACGUUUGUACGAGGAGGGAUCCGGCAGGUACGAGGAGGUGCAGAGAGGGUCGCAGGAUCUCGAGAGACGGCUGCAUUCCGAGCAGAAAUCCGCUGAAGCUGUGCCGCGCGGCAAGUACGAGGCGGAGAUGGAUAGGGUGAGGAACAUCCUGCAGCACAAUCUUAGGAAAGAGAGGAACUGCGAAAAAUUGGAGAAACUACCGAAGGCGACCCAGACGAAUCUUCCCCCUCCUCUGAGCGCGAUCUCGCAGAGCUCCGUGCCGAAGCCUAUGAGCGUCCGUCAGGACAGCAAUGUUUCCUCGGAUAGUUUCAGCCAGACGAGCUCCCCCAGUUACACCAGCAAGACCAUGGAGGCGCCUCUUUUACCCCAUAAAUACAGCAAAGUGCCAGACAGAGCACUGGUCUCGGAGCCGGAGAACUCGUCGGGCCGAACGAUCACCAAGUCGACCAGCACACCGGCCAGCCUCCAGGCGAUCGUCAGAGUUCACGGAGGGAACAAUAGCUCCCUGCAUCACAAGAUCAUCGGUGACAUGGCCAGCAGCCACUACGUAACCAACGGGGGAUUGCGUUUCAGAUUCGUCCAGGUGUUCUUCAACGCUGUCGCUCUGUUGGUCAUUGCCGGUGGUCUGACCAUUUACUUCAAGUCGUAUCCGGAAACGCUCAUAAGGGUGGAGAACAAGACGAUCUACACGAAAAUGGUCGCGGUUACGGAACGUGCCCCACCGGCGAUCGAGGAGAAGAAUCCGGCCCCGGGCGUGUGCCUGCCCAUAAUCGUGGCGUUUUGCAAAUACCAUAAGAUCCCGUAUAAUUUCACCAUCUUCCCGAAUUACAUGGGCAAUUUCGGGCAGCGAGACGCUCAACAGGAGUUGGAACUUUACAGUGCCGUGAUCGACGUCAAAUGCUACGAAUUGGCCGCCCUCUUUCUGUGCAGCGUAUUCGUCCCGAAAUGCGGAUCUCGGGGCCACGUGGUGCGACCUUGUCGCAGCCUCUGCUAUCAUACCAAGAGACGUUGCGGAUUUUUCCUGGACGUGUUCGGCCUCACUCUGCCCGAGUAUCUGGAAUGCGACCUGUUCCCGGAGAAUUCCAAUUCGGACGAGUGUGUGGGACAUCAAGAAGUGUUGGAUGCAGCCCGGAGAGCGGAGAGACCCGUAUGCACCAGUGGGUUCCAAUGCGAUGGGACCAGAUGCAUUCCGGUCGACUGGCGAUGCGACGGCCACUUGGAUUGCGAGGAUCACAGCGACGAGAUUGGAUGCGGCGAGUGCGCCGCCUCCUCCUCUUCCUCUUCGUCCUCCUCUGUCUUCACCACCAAGAUCGUGAAGAAGCCCAUCCUGGCGAAGAACACCGUCUCCAAGUCGCCCUUGCAUUGCGGGGAAAAAAGAUGUAUGUCGGCGAACCACAUCUGCGACGGGGUGAUGGAUUGUCCUUGGGGUCAGGAUGAACGAUAUUGCUUGAGAUUAAGCCAAAGAAACGGAGACGUGGGCGAAGGAAGGCUAGAAGUUUAUCACGCAGAGAUGGGCAAGUUUAUGCCAGCUUGCAUUCCUUACUGGGAUUCGAAUUCCGCUAAAACUAUCUGCUCAAUGCUCGGAUAUACGGUGGCACUUUCGUACAGGUUGGCGCAAGACAUGAAUCUCACUCGAAGGGAGAACACGAGUCAGCAUACCAAUCUUCUGAAGGAAUUUCAGGAAUGUAUUACGGAUCAGGAGGCCUAUCCCACCGCGGAAUUGACGUGUUCGGAAUACGCUUGUGGACGGAGAAAUACAGUUUAUGGAAACGUAAGGGCGAAAACGAGAAUCGUAGGGGGUGUGGAGUCGGCUCCUGGUGAUUGGCCAUUCUUAGCAGCUCUUCUCGGCGGACCUGAGCAGAUUUUUUACUGUGCCGGAGUUCUGAUCGCUGAUCAAUGGGUGCUUACAGCCUCUCACUGCGUGGGAAAUUACUCUGAUGUAACUGGGUGGACGAUACAGUUGGGGAUCACCAGAAGACACUCUCACACUUAUCUUGGCCAAAAGCUGAAAGUAAAGAGAGUGGUACCCCAUCCAGAAUACAAUUUAGGCUUCGCUCAGGACAAUGACGUGGCCCUUUUUCAGCUCGAAAAGCGAGUGCAAUUUCACGAACAUCUAAGGCCAGUCUGUCUGCCAACGGCCAAUACUCAAUUAAUACCCGGAACGUUGUGCACUGUGAUUGGUUGGGGCAAGAAAAACGAUACCGACACCUCUGAAUACGAAUUAGCUGUAAACGAAGUUCAAGUUCCGGUUUUGAACAGAAAAGUCUGCAAUUUUUGGAUCGCGUACAAGGAAAUGAACGUCACCGAAGGAAUGAUAUGUGCAGGAUAUCCGGAUGGAGGAAAAGACGCAUGUCAGGGCGAUUCUGGAGGUCCGUUGUUGUGCCAGGACGAACAAGACAAGGAGAAAUGGUUUGUCGGUGGAAUAGUGAGUUGGGGUAUAAUGUGUGCUCACCCAAAAUUACCAGGUGUGUACGCUUACGUGCCAAAAUACGUACCCUGGAUACGGAAUCAGAUGGCCAAGUAUUCUGAAAUGAGUAUGGGUUAAUCACGAAAGGUAAAAACCACGAAGAUGAUGAUGACGUUUGUCGAAAAUCGAAGAAGUCAUCCCGCUGAAGAGAUUAUCGAGAUAUUUAAUCAAGACAAUAAUUUAAAACGACAAUAAGCUUAGUUGAGAAAUAGUUGAGGAACUACGUUAUAGAUCUUGGAAGAAUAUUUUCGAGAUAUUAGUGAUUAUAUACUUAGAUAGGCGCGAUUAUUCAAACUGUUUGCGUUGACCUCUUAGCUUACCAGGGAUUCAACUUUGUUAC